AUGAAUAUAUUCGAUCUACUACCUACCGAAGAACUUUCCCCGAACGCGCAGAAAUCGCUCGAAGAACUAUCCCCAUCGUUUGUCGAGAGCCUCUCCUUUGAACAGGCUCAGAUCGUCUUCAAGGCUACAUCCUGGUUCGACAAGCAGUUCAAUGGUACUAAAACUCCUCGGGAGUUUCAACUACAAUCCACGGUGGCCACUCUGUCUGGCCAGAACGUUGUCGUUCGCGCAGGAACCGGGUACGGCAAGACAAUGGCUAUGGUACUACCCCUGCUGCUCGGCGACCAGUCAAAAAUCGCGAUCACCAUCUCACCGCUUAAAUUGCUCCAAAAAAAUCAUGUUCACGAAUUCGAGCAAUAUGGGAUCAAGACCGUUCAAAUCAACGAGGACACACCAGAUGAUAAAAACCUAUGGAAGGAUAUCGCCCAGGGAGUGUACAGAAAUAUCCUUGUCGCCCCCGAGCAAUUCUUUCGACACAACGGACACCUACCACGCCUCGCCUUCAUCAUGCUCACGUCGCGAGCUUUCGUGAAGAGCAUCGGCUUUCUUAACUGUGACGAAGCCCACAUGAUCCAGACGGCCGGUCUACCUCGUCGAGGUGAGGAGUACGCCUUUCGACCAGCAUACGGCAAGAUCGCAAAUAUUCGAGCCCUUCUAGCCAAGGAUACACCAAUCCUUGUGCUCUCAGCAACACUUCCACCACCCACCCUCUACACUGUCCUUGGAUCGCUACGCCUUGAUCCCGACCAGACACUCAAGAUCCUGCAGCCAACUAAUCAUCCGAAUCACUUCUAUGCUGUCCAUGAGCUUCACGGCAGCAUCUCAAACCUCAAAAAUUAUAAUUUUCUUAUUCCCUUGUACUCCAAUCCGACCAUGCCACCCAAGACUGUGAUCUUCGUGGAAAAUCGCGAGGCUACGGCUACGAUAGCGCGACAUCUACGCAAACAUUUCCCUCCCUCUCUGCAAACUGAUAGGAUCGUCGCUCAUCUUCAUGCAGGAAUGUCUCCCGAGUACAAUGAUGAGAUAUACAAUGACUUCAUGCACACGGACAAGAUAAGUACACUGAUCUCAACGUCUGCAGCUUCACAUGGCAUCAAUUCGCCCAACAUCGCUCGGAUUAUUUGUGUUGGGGCUCCCUGCGACGAAAUCACCAUGUUGCAAAUGUUCGGACGCGGAGGCCGUACCCCGACACUCGAGACUGUUUGUCUCGUUAUCGCAGAGCCGUGGGCAUUAACGACAGAGGAGAGCGACAAACCGAGCGCUCGCGAGAAGCGAGCCGAUCCAGGAAUUCGCGAGUAUAUCUCGCUCAAGACAUGCAGACGAGCGUACCUAGCGGCGAAGGACGGUGAUACCAGCCCAGAAGCCACCACAUUUCUAGGCCCCCACUGCUGCGAUAACUGCGGCAGGGCGAGCACCUUUGAUCCUGCCCAGCUCUUCCCCCGUCCAUUCCACACGCAAAAGGCCACGUCUGAUGGCGAGACGCAGUCGCAGAGUCAGCCGUCGACUCAGAAAAAGAAAGACAACAUACCGAAGCCCAAGACACGCUCGCGCACAGAACACGACGAACUUCGACAGCGCCUCGAGACUCUGAGGUCCGAAAUAGCGCCUCGACUCGACUAUGCAUGGCCUGAGAGCUAUCUCCUCAGCAAAAAACAUAUCGACACCGUUGUUCUCUCUCCUCUAGAUGCGAUCCCAUCCACCGCCGCUCUCGUCAAACUCCUCAGCGAAAAUAGCGAGUGGGCCGAGGAUGUUGCUCCCUCAGUCUUCGAAGUUAUCGCAGCCCAUGACGCCGAUCUUGCUGCACGCAAGGCUGAAGCGGCCGCUUUGAAGCGACCAGUGCAGCAACAUUCCCAGAGCCAAGCUGAGUACUCUCAGCAGCUCUACUCGUAUAAUUCGUCUAUUAAUUUAAAUGGCUGGACACAUGAGGACCCGGCUGCUAGGAUCGCAGCACAGGAGGCAAAGGACGCCUCCAAACCUCAAAAAUCGAAGAAACCGUCAAAAGCGAAGGGGAAACGCAAGAAUACUUCAACACUCUCUCAGCACGACAGUGGUGACGCCGGCCCUUCGCAGACCAAGCGGCAACGAACACGAUCUCCCAGUCCCAGUCCAUCUAACACCCAGCCUCGAGUCCCUCGUCCGAAACCACGCCAGAGAACAAACGGACCUGUAGAAAUAGAUAAGGAGUUGUAUAGUAGCAUAUGA